GUGAACAAGAUGCAGCUGGAUGAAAAGGUAGACAACGACACGGAGAAGAGAAUGUUUAAAGUUAAAUCAACUGAUCCAACCCGACCAGGUCUAGUCUACCUGUGUCAAGCUGAUGACCUGGAGACUAGAGACAGAUGGGUCAACUGUAUACGUAGACAACUUCAAACUCAGCUAGACUUCCUCAAGGCUCUUCAAGCCCCUAUAGCGUACCACAAUAAAAUGUCCAAAGAAUCUGGAGAAUGGGAGUUCAGCAUUAAUCGAUCCUUAAGCACUUCCCGCACUGAAUCCAGACCAAAGUCAAACCCACAUCAGGAAUCCAACUUCCUGUCCAUUGAAGAAGCGUUUGACAAAGCAAUGUCUCUACCCAGCUCUCCAGUACGGAAAGAACCAGCAGAGAAUUUCGACGCAUUAGACCAGCUGAGUCGGUUAGUUGGGAAAACUACGCGGCAAGCUGUUCAAAUAAAGAAAACGACUGUAGCCAAGAAGGAACAGCCACGACAGGUUGAGAACGGACUGGUAGGAUUCCUAUCUCCGGGUUCUUGUGUUCCAGUGCUCCUGGACUACAGACCUAUAAGAGAGGACGAAAUAUCCGUGAACAAGGGGGAACUUGUCACCAUCAUCUCAUCCAACCUAUCCCGGGGUUAUCUGGUCAAUAAACCUCCCUCUGCCUCUUCCUUGGAGGAGAUGAAGGGAUGGUUACCCUCCUAUACGCUGCACCCUGCCAACCAGGAGACUAGGAAGCAGUCCUCCUGGGGGUUCAGGGUCAGGAAACAGAGUUUUACCAGAGACAAACACUGCAGGGACUCGUGUACCAUUGUUCAUGUACUGCAAGGGAGUAAAGGAGUAUUACAAGCCCAAUGCAAGGAUAGAGAGAAACCGGUUUGGAGAUCUCCAACCGGGUCUGUAAUUAGUACAGGAGGAAGGUUUCGGGUUGAGAUAGGUUCCGGUAGUUCUCGCCUGAAUGUUGAAGAUUGUGAUAUCUCUGAUUCUGGAGAGUACAGUUGUGUACUGGAACAUGAAACCUUGAAGAUCUUACUCCAGGUGUCCAGGAUACCUCCUCCUCCAACCCAACCUAGGGUUCAAGAUCUCAAGGGAACUAGUGCUCUUUUAUCUUGGGAUACUGGAGAUAUCUCUCAAAGAGCGUUCAGGUUGGAAUGGUGCGAGGUAUCUGUCGGUCAAUGGAAGGUAGUGAAGGAUAAUUUAACUGAAGGUGUAUGCCUGGUAGAUAAUCUAGUUCAAGGAGAAACAUAUAGUUUUCGUCUCAUCUCAUACUCCUUGGACUGCAGCAGUCCGGACUCUGAACCCUCCCUACCCUGCCCUCCCUUAACAGUUCCUCUAGGGGAGGGACAAACAGGAUCCGCCCUCCUAGCUCUGCAACAGAGAAAGGUUGAUACCGAUCCAGCACUUCAGACCAACUUUGAGCAGCAGUACAUAGAGUUGGAAGAGGUUGGUCGAGGUCGUUUCUCUGUGGUGCGCCGUUGCCAGGAGAUUUUGACUGGACGAGAGGUUGCAGUAAAGUUCCUGAACAGACGCAGACGCACACGAGAGCAGACCCGUCGAGAGCACAAUAUACUAGCGCGCGUCCGGCACACGAAUAUCGUUGCGGUGGCCGGGAUAUUCGCUACUCCAUCAAGUGACGCGAUUGUCAUGGAAUUGGUUUCUGGAUUCCCUCUGCUAGUUUGGUUAUGUGAGUCUCCAAGCUACUCAGAGAGUAGUUUAUGUGGUUUUACAGUACAGUUGCUCUCAGCUCUAUCCUUUCUCCAUACUAGCAGUAUAGUACAUGCAGAUAUUAGACCGGAGAACCUGCUCCUGGAGUCAGAUAAUCGAACCUUGAAACUUCUAGACUUCGGAGAGAGUCGAGUUCUAUCCCGAGGAGGAGAUCAGGAUCUUACAGGAUUCGAACCUGAGAUCUCAGAUCUAGAGUUCCAGGCUCCUGAGCUAGUGUCCGGGGGUCCCCUAGGGACCUACACAGAUAUGUGGGCUUUUGGAGUUCUUUUAUACGUUCUACUCAGUGGAAUGUCUCCGUUUCUUGACGACUCUCAGGAGGAAACAAGAAAUAAUAUUCUCCGAUGUGAUUUCUCCUUCCCUGAUGAUUCGUGUUGCUCCUCCCAAGGACGAGAACUCGUCUCCCGUCUCCUAAUCUCCAAUCCGUCCCAACGUAUCUCUGCUCCGUCCUGUUUAACCUCCUCCUGGCUCCGAUGUUCUCCUGCUACCCUCAUAUCCUCAAGACUUCUCUCCAACUUCAACACAAGGAGGAGAAGGAUUACCAAUCCUGGAAUACAGAAGAUCUCAAGAUAAACCUAGUUUACUCUCAACCCUCCAGUGCUCCUGCGUCUUAUUCCAAAACAAAUGAAAGCCAAAAAUUAUUAAUUUAAUAAAGAUCUCUAGUUAAAUAUACGCAAGAGGUACUAUUUUUCUAUACUUAGAAGUUAGAACAGUCAAUUUUUACUUCAGGUGUUUGAUGAGCUUACACUUUUUAAGUUUGUAUCAUAUUGAAAUCCUUGUUUCCCAAGAUUCUUUUUUAAACUGGUUCCAAGUUUUUAAAAUCAUAACUCUGCACUUCAUUACUUUAUAAUUUCUUUAGGAUAAAUAAACAUUUAAAUCUUCA